GGUUGUGAGGGACUCAGGGUGGCUGGUUGUGCUAUGCGGUGGUGGGCAGGGGUCGCUGUGGUUGGGAAGGAUUUGAGGGGCGGGGGCGUUGUGCCGUCCCCGUGGGAGCGGACCCGGCGCCCCCUCUUUCGGGCCUGCCCGGUGGUUGUUUCCGGAGGCGGGGACCGGCGCGGCGCGGCGCGGGUCAGGCCGGUUCUCGGCUGCACGCGCGGCGGGAAGGAGAGGCGCUGCCGGGCCAUGCAGGCGGAGCGCGGCGGCGGCGGCGGCCGGCCCAGGCGGGGAGGCUGCAGGCAGGGCAGGAGGAGGCCCGGCGGCGGGGAUAGAGCAGCAGAAGGCGGCGGGGACGGACACAGCCGAGGAGGCGGGGGCCGCGGAAGAGGCGGCGCUCAUGGGCACGGAGGAGGCGGGGGCCGAGGCAGGCGAGACCCUCGGAGCCGGGGGGCAGCGUCUCCCCCCCCUGCUCGCUACCACAGACGGGCAGAUGAUGAUGAUGCUGAAUCACAAGAAGAGAAAAAGGAUGAACUGAGAGGCUAUUCAAAAAGAAAGAUAGUCUCCAACUGGAACCGUUAUGAAGGUGAAGAUGCUGAGAAAGAGGCACAAAAUGAAAGUGGAGAAUCUCAGAGGGGAACGGACUUCAGUGUUCUGCUUAGCUCAGCAGGAGAUUCCUUUACGCAGUUCCGAUUUGCUGAAGAAAAAGAAUGGGACACAGGAAGCAUAGGCCCUAAACAGCUAUCUGCACUUUACGUUGAUUGCCAGUCUUUGGUCCAGGCCCUUCAGGAGCUUCCUCUGCAUCUCAGGUUGAAUGUGGCUGCUGAAAUGGUGCAGGCAUCAACACCCACAGAACUCCCACAGAUAAAAUCUAAAAGUAUUGAAAACAGCAAGAGGAGAGUGACUCAGUUACAACCACCUUUGGGUCAAAGUGGAAUAGCAUCAAUCUCUGAUCCUGUUAGUGAUUCUGUUGUCCAUUUGAUGCCUUUAAGUAAAGAUGGACCGGGAACAACUUCUUCAGAAUCCUUUCAGAGAGGCUGUUCUGUGUCACAGCAAGAGGCAGAUAAUUUGGAUGAAGAACUAGAUUUACUGCUAAAUUUAGAUGCUCCUGUUCAUGUAGAAAACAACUUCCUGUCAGAAACCCACAACACGACAGCUGAGAGCAAUUUGAAAAUGGAAAAUGUUCCGCUCGAGUUGGGUGUGACUGAAGAAAUGAGUUCAGCAUCUGAACAGCAGAAAACUACAUCUAAAAACAUUACUGAGGAAGAGCUUGAAGAUUGGUUGGAUAGUAUGAUCUCCUAAAGCCCACAUUUCAUUGUCAUGCAAGUAAAUGAAAAAUAAAUGAACGUGGCAGAAGUUAAGUACAAAAUAUCAGUCUACAAGAAUUCACUGAACUAGCUGCUUCAUCUCAGUGAUUUAAUAUACUGAAUGCAUACUUUUAUUUCAGCCAAUAUCUGAAAUAACACAUUUGGAUAAAUUCUAAAUGAAUGUUAUCUAAGUGUUCUCUAAACAAAAAGGUCUAAAGUUACAAUUGAGUUCAUUAAAAAGGAUCUUGUAAUGAAAUUAGGAUUUUUUCAAAAACCUGUGCUUAUAAUGUAAGAUGCAAAAUAAUACACACUGACAGAGCGUUUGUUUCUACUUCUACUUGCUAUCUAUAAGUUCCAAAAAUAAAAUAGUGUUAGUAAAUAUA